AUGCUCGCACUGGUUGAUCUUCCCGAUUGGGCUAAGGUCAUCGACGCCAUGGAUGAGACUGAGGAAGGAUACGAAGAAUGGUGGGCAAAAGUUUCUGUCAAUUGCUGGAGCCAACGGGAUGACGAACUCUUUGCGACCAUCUUUGGGGAAUUGAAAAAUCCCUAUACUGCUGACAUCGAGCUGCUUGCUCGCUUUUCCGAGGAUGCUGCACGGUCUCUGCCUCUUCAGGCAACGCAACCGGUGCGAGCCCCGCGCCAGGCCCAGGCUGGUAUCGUAAUUCGUGAGCCUCCUCAAGAGGGAAAUGUGCCACCUUCUGGCAGUCGCGCAGUUAGUGCUUCUCCAGCCACUGGCCAGUCCGAAAAGCAGAAGAUAGCUGCCGCUGCCUUGGCCCACAAGUGCAGUCGCUCUGACCCUCUAACUGACCCAUGGAAAGAAGAUGAACCAAUCGCUGAUCGACUGGUUCGUCUCCGGUCCUCCAGACAAACUGGGGAAGGCAGUUUAGCCGCUAGUGAAGGCACAUCUGCUUCACAGGCCCAAGCGCCCUUGGAUUCCGAUAAUCCUCCACCUCCUGCCAGCAUCGCGAGCGAUGUGCAAUUGGCCUCAAUCCCAGUGCAGGUCAUAGAUGAUAGCUCGCCUAAAUCAGAAGAAAGAAUGCCUCUUUUGGAUGCACCUCAUGAGGAACCAAGCGUCGCACAUGUCCUAGUACAGAUAGUGCCUGACCCAAUUCCCGGUGAGGAGGUUCAAGAGCCUGCACCGAUAGCAAUCCUUUACGAGCCUCCGGCCGCAGAGAAUCUUGGUCCUGUUGAGGAAGCAGCCGUCGCUGCAGAAGUACUUGGCGCCAAUCCUGCUAACCCAGCCGGUGAAGAUAUGGCUAACCAAGAGCCUGCCCCCCAUGUUCCUGAAGCAGGAGAAAGGAUGAAUUUUGAAUCGGGGCCGGAAGCGGCUCCUGUUGUGGAGCCUCAUAAAGCUCCUGCCACUGCUGCUGCCCUAGAUCCAUUGCUUGAACCUCCUUCCAGACUGGAAAGGCUAGCUCGUGUACUUGAGAUGGCUCCUCCCGGAGUUAUAGAUGAAGCCAGGGACGGAUUCCAACGUCUUCUGAGUUCUAACAUCCUACUGCCUGGCGCAUCCGUCAGGGCUCUGGAGUAGUUGAGGGUUCUUCGUCGCGAGCGAACCAUCACUGGGAACGAGUUCACCGAGAUAGACGAAUUGCUACAGAGUCUUCCCCAGCGGAUUAAUGAAAGAGCGGCUGCAACUGCGCACCCAGGCAAGCUCAGGCCCACUAUCGGGGCCUCAUUUAACAAACGGAUACCUCUCGCGACUUCCUGGGAGAUAGGGCUAUCCUUGUUAGAGACUUGCGGAUCACGCAAAAUCAUCUUCGGUCCCAAAUUCAAGAACUUCAAGCCCAAUUGACCGCUGUGACGGCCCGGGUUGAACAUGAGGAACCCUUGUUAGAACAGCCCCUAGCGGCCUUCGAAGCAUUGUCUCAAAACCUAGCUCAAGCUCGCGAAGCAGACCGACAAGCGGAGCGAGCUGCUGCCGAUGCCAGUUUUCGCUUGGACGAACAUUUACUUCAUUUGACCCAUGCGGGCCGAACACUUUAGGCCUCUUGUAUUAGGCCCCUUUUUGUAUGAACAAUAUCAUUGUUAACAAGUUAAAUAUUUAGCCCACUUUGCUUGGCCCAAAUAUCACUUCAAAUUUCAAAUAGUUCAUCACACCUUUAUUGAUAUUGAAACUGUUGAA